AGAGGAGCUGUUGUGUCGAGGAGGAGAGCCGAGCGGAGCUACGAGGCGGAGCGGCGGCGUCCGAAUCCACAACCAACGCUCACAGCGAGGCGAAUGAGACGAAAUUCACCUCCAUCCUCUGACUUAUCUGCCCGCCGACAAGAAGCGACGAUGGAUACCAGAAACACCAGUGAGGAGAAACCUGUGCAACGCUCCAAGUCCUUCAGCUUUAAGACUCAGAAGGAAGUGUGUUCCUCAUGUGAUAAGACGGUCUACCCCAUGGAGAGACUGGUCGCCAACAACCUCAUCUUCCACUCAACGUGUUUCUGCUGCAAGCACUGUAACGCCAAACUCAGCCUCGGCAGCUUUGCGGCUCUCCAAGGUGAAUUUUACUGCAAACCUCACUUCCAGCAGCUGUUCAAAAGCAAAGGCAACUACGACGAGGGUUUCGGACGCAAACAGCACAAGGAGCUUUGGUCCUCCAAGGAGACAGAUCUAACAAAGACAGCAUAAUCGCGCCUGCACCUCCCACACGCUGACCCGCUUUCUGUUGCCAUCAGAACAGAUACAGGAAAUGAGCGACUGGUCAUAGUCUGUGCUUCGUAAAAUCUUUUUUUUUUUUUGGUUUGGGGGUGGGUUAUGAGUUAGACAUUAGAUUUUGUCUACUUGUAUUUUCUUAGUUUUUUUUUCUUCUCCAAUAUCCUCUUUAGGAUCGGUAGUUGAUUGUGACCAAAAGCCUUCUCUAGAAUUGAUAAUAUAGUUAUAAUUACCUCUUUUUGUUUGUUUUAAAGAAUUUUUUAAGUUGCAGCCUUUCUUUUUUGUAAAUAAGAAAACGAAUUGCUCAGGCAAAAAUGUCAAUCAAAGGGUUACAAUAUAUCGAUAACUUACAGUCGAGCGCACGCUCAGGUCAAUUUUCAGACCGUCGUCUUUAAAUGUUUUUAAAGUUCAGCUGAAAUCCUCCUUUUUUACAGUUAAACUCUUCUAAUGUUCUUAUUUAUUGUAAUUCUGUUAUCACUGAAAGGGAGAAAAAAAAAAUCUCCGAUGUUCGUGCGAGUGAGAGUUGGUUGUUUAGCCUCUGAGUUGAUAACGUCUGUUUAAUUAAUAGCUGAGCCGGUGGACACGUGGCGGCACGGAGACACAGACCUGCUUGCAGCGUUAUUGUGUUACACAUUACGCUGCUGCUGUGGAAUAACGACAAGACCGUUUAAUAUCCAACCGAAGCAAUUUUACAUUAAGCUGGAAGUGCUACAGCUAAUUAGCUAGUCUGCUAAAGGAAUUUAAAAUGUGCUUUUAUCGGCGGAAAAGCAUGCGGCAAAUGUGGUGUGCUGUUUAGUAGCUAAUUUAGCAGAGCAAAACGUGCAAAAGUCUAAAUUGAUUAAUCAUCAAGCAUCACUUAAGACAACUACGCUGCACAAACACUUGUUUAACAAACUGUGAUGGGUUCCAACUUUGAUGUUUGAGGAUUUGCACCUUUUUAUGACUAUGUUAUAUAAUGAAAAACAUGAAUCAAAUGACCUUUGAUGUUGGACUCUCGAAGAACAAAAUAAAUUUCACUCAUUCAUUUUUCUGCCGCUUAUCUUUGUCCGAGUUUGGAUUCUAGGAAUCUGUGACAUUAUCACUCUAGUAUUUUUUGUUAGUUUUUUGA